CACGAUGUGUGCAGUAUGAAGGACGCGGCCCUUUCUGCAGGGAGUAUGUCAACGCCGAGGGAACACCAGUCAAAGAUAUUUCAACAUUACCUGAAACGAUGUCAUCCCCAAAAGUCGCCAUCUGCUACCCCACCACCGACUUGCUGGAUGUGAUUAGGAAGGACCUGUCUGAUGUGGACAUCCAGCUGUUCACAAAGCCGUUGUCAGAUCCUCCCACAGACGAGGAAGUGGCGUUUCUGUCUCAGGUGGAGAUCCUGUUUGGAUCGCCUCGGAUGAUGGUUGAUUUCAUCCCACAAUGCACCAGCCUCAGGUGGAUCCAGCUGCCGCAAGCAGGUGUGGAUGAAAUACUGAAGCUUGUAAAAGACAAUAAGGUGAACCAAAAAAUCAUUGUCACCCGCAACGGAGAGUCCUUCGCCAAGCCAGUGUCCGAGCACAUAAUGUGCCAAAUACUGACCACAAACAAAGGUCACUACAAGUGGUAUGACCAGCAGAGGACAGCGGCGUACGAGAGAGGCAGACUUCAUUCCAAACCCCUGUCACUGUCAACAGUUGGUAUAUUAGGCCUGGGCUGCAUUGGACGUGAAACUGCCAGAACGUGCAAGUUCUUUGGGAUGAAGGUGUGGGGCAUGACACGAACUGAAGUCCCAGAAGAUAAGAAGUCCCCGUAUGUUGACGAAUACAGAACAAUGAGUCAUUUGCAUGAAAUCCUAUCUGAAUGUGACUAUAUCGUCAACAUACUACCGUCAACUGAACAGACACGGGGCUUGUUGGGAGGAGAUGUGUUCUCACACUGCAAAAAUAAGAAGACUACAUUCAUCAACGUGGGACGGGCAGAUGUGACGGAUGAAGAAACCAUUCUUAAAGCUCUUAGGAACAAGUGGUUACAGUAUGCUGCACUGGACGUCCACAACCCCGAGCCGCUGCCUGAAAGUAGCCCCCUGUGGAGCGAGCCAGGGGUCAUCAUAACGCCCCACAUCGCUGGUGGCCUGAUACUGUAUCCUGGGUACCAGCGAGACAGGGCCGAGUUAUUCGUGAAACAGUAUCGCCGCUAUGUUAACAACGAACCCUUGGAGUACGUAGUUGAUGUGGAUAAAGGUUACUGAUGGCGUCGCAUUCUACGUUCACAUCCACUUCGCACAACGGUCCAGGAGAAACCAAAUGCAUUUUCAGUUGUUUCAGUUGAACUUCUGAUUUUACAAAAUUACAUUCCCCUUACAUCUCAACUCGUCAGAAUAAUGCACAUGCCUGCAGGUGUUCUUUGUGUCGCGUCUUGACCUCCAGCUGCCAGAGAGUGAACACACCACCUCAGAUUUUGAUUCACCAAAAUUAACAAUUGGCAAUUUAGAUUAUGUUAGACCCGGGAAGAUCCGGGGUAGAAUAGGUCUUCAGCAACCUUGCCGUAAAAGGCGACUAUGCCUGU